AUGGUCUAUGCAAACUUAUAUGGAACCAAGCAAGCUGAUGGGACGUGGUCAGGCAUGAUUGGCAUGAUAAUUAAAGAAGAGGCGGACAUCUCGAUGGUAUCCUUUGCCUACACAUCCUCCCGUGGCCAGGUGGUGGACUACACCACGCCUCUCUUGGUACAAUACUCAGUCAUACUAGGAAAGCUGGGGCAGCCUGAACUGGAUCCUUGGAGUUUUCACCUGCCACUGGAGCCUUACGUGUGGCUCAGCAUCGUCAUAACACUCCUGCUUGUUUCUGUCGUCAUGCUCCUUCUGUCUUCGACUUCUCGGCCGUUCUUGAGUAAACGCUCUCCCUGCUGGGCCAGUGACGUCUUCCAACUACUUCGUGUUUUGCUACAGCAAGAUAUCUUAACAACGCAUGACAUCUGGCAGCGACGCGUAGUUUUGGCCACCUGGAUGAUAGUAGCCUUUGUGCUGGUGAGGAGUUACGCAAGCAACCUCAUGUCAGUGUUGGCAGUGCGUUAUAUCCAGCAGCCUUACCAAAGCCUGAGGAACGUGCUGGACGAUCCUGGCGUCACCAUGAUCUGGCAGACCAACUCCAGUAGAGUACAAUACUUUCGUGUAAGUCAUUUGUCACCUUAAACAAAUUGUAUAUAUUUCUUCCAGGUUCAGCUCCAUGUCAACCAAAUGCUACUUUUAGUCACUUUUCCAUUUUCUACCCGAAGAAAAGAAGAAAAGUGCAAUAAAGGUGUGAUUGGAAAGA